CCGUCGCACCGCACGGGGCUGGAGAGGAAAACCCCAGGUCGCAACCCCUCGGCACGAGUCAUCGUCCGUCGUCUCUCUCCCCGGAUCGCCCCCGCUGGUAGCUACCAUCUCAAGCGCUCUCGCCGUCGAUUGCUGUUUUUUGGUGGGGAAGUGUGAGGGAGCGGAGGCGGCGAUGGCGAGCGGCGGCGGGGCGGUGAGGGAGGUGGGGUCGAGGGCGGAGCUGGACGCGGCGGUCGGCGGCGCGCGGGCCGCCGCGGUGCACUUCUGGGCGGCCUGGUGCGAGGCCUCCAAGCAGAUGGACGAGGUCUUCGCGCACCUCGCCGUCGACUUCCCCCACGCGCUCUUCCUCAGGGUUGAGGCUGAAGAACAACCGGAAAUUUCAGAGGCAUAUGGAGUUACAGCAGUGCCAUACUUUGUUUUAUGCAAGGAAGGCAAACCUGUUGAUACCUUGGAGGGCGCAAACCCAGCCAGCCUGGCCAAUAAGGUUGCAAAGUUAGCUGGGCCUGCCAAUGUUGCUCAGUCUGCUGCACCUGCUAGCUUGGGGGUGGCUGCUGGGCCUGCUGUACUCGAAAAGGUCCAAGAAAUGGCACGGCAAAAUGGAUCUUCUGCUGCUGAAAGUACACUGAAGAAGCGUUUGGAGCAGCUUGUCAACUCCCAUCCUGUCAUCUUAUUUAUGAAGGGAAAUCCAGAAGAACCAAGGUGUGGUUUCAGCCGAAGGGUGGUUGACAUUUUGAAGCAGGAAGGUGUUGAAUUUGGGAGCUUUGACAUCCUUACAGAUAAUGAAGUACGUGAAGGACUGAAGAAGUUCUCUAACUGGCCAACUUUUCCUCAGUUGUACUGCAAAGGUGAGCUGCUUGGUGGGUGUGAUAUUGUUAUUGCCAUGCAUGAAAGUGGUGAACUGAAGGAUGUGUUAAAGGAGCACAACAUUCCUCUCACGCAACAAGGAAGCAAAAUUGAGGAGCCAGUGAUGUCUGAAUCUGCAAAUGAACAGAGUCCUGAGGCAAUUGGGCUUACGGAAGCUCAGAAAGCUCGUUUGGAGAGCCUCACUAAUUCUAACCCAGUGAUGAUAUUUAUCAAAGGUUCACCUGAGGAGCCCAAGUGUGGAUUCAGUGGGAAGGUCGUUCAUAUUCUUAAGCAGGAGAAGAUUCCUUUCUCAAGUUUUGACAUUCUUUCAGAUGAUGAGGUUAGGCAAGGUCUAAAGGUUCUAUCAAACUGGCCUAGUUACCCUCAGGUGUACAUCAAGGGUGAACUGGUUGGUGGUUCGGACAUAGUGAUGGAGAUGCAUAAGAGUGGGGAACUGAAGAAGGUUCUGACUGAGAAAGGGAUUAUUCGGAAAGAGAGCCUAGAGGACCGACUCGAGGCCCUAAUUUCCUCAUCCCCAGUGAUGCUGUUCAUGAAGGGCAACCCAGAUAAUCCACGUUGCGGCUUUAGUUCGAAAGUGGUGAAUGCCUUGAAAGGAGCAGGGAUAAGCUUUGGGUCCUUUGACAUUCUAUCUGAUGAGGAAGUUAGACAAGGUCUGAAGACAUACUCGAACUGGCCCACCUUCCCCCAACUCUACUACAAAUCAGAACUGAUGGGGGGCUGUGACAUUGUUCUCGAGCUGGAAAAGAGUGGAGAGCUGAAGUCCACUCUCUCGGAGUAGCGGAUAUUCUGGCGCUAUAUUGUCGUCGUCUUAUGGUGUUUCUGAGCAUCUGUCCUAUAUCGUAUUGCUCUAUUGAUGGCAUUGUUAUGCCAAUGUAUUUCGUAGAUCCAUCUUUUAAACUUGGAUAUCGUAGUGCUACGUUUGCUGAAGUCCACUCUCUCGGAGUAGCGGAUAUUCUGGCGCUAUAUUGUCUGUCGUCUUAUGGUGUUUCUGAGCAUCUGUCCUAUAUCCGUAUUGCUCUA